UAGGUGGCUUCUAAAAAUCUGUCGAGUGAACCCUGCCCAGAUCCAUUCUCAGUUUUAAGUUGAAGUAUUUCAUUAAGUGUUCACUUGUGUGGAUUUCUUGACUUGAAGAUAGCCCAACUCGACUCUGUCUGGGCAACUGGUGAUCCUCGAGAAGCAGACGCAGAGCAACCACGAUGAACCGCCACGAGGGCGUCGUGUGCAAGGGAUGCGGCAAGGAGUCGUUCGCGGGGAGGUGCUACCGCUGCCUGAGCUGCCGCGACUUCGACAUCUGCGCGGACUGCUACAACGCGGACUUCACCGCCGCGGAGCAUCCGUUCGACCAUCCGGUGAUGUGCAUCUACACGCCGGCAGACGUGGAGCUGUACUUCGGCGGCGAGUACAUCAGCAGCGAUCCGCCGCAGAGCUACCGCUGCCCCUACUGCAAGCACUGGGGCUUCAACGAGUCCACCUUCCUGGAGCACGUCUCCACAAUGCACCCGAACGCCAGUCCUCUGCUGGUCUCCACCAUGGUCACGCUCUUCGAGCAGCAGCAGGCGGCCCGUCUCUUCCUGGAGGACGAGCAGCUGGCCUCCAUCUCGGCGGCGGCCACAUCUCGCAACGCCCAGAUGCGCCGCCCGGUGGGCUCGCUGGACCUCUACCUGGAGCCCCUCAAUCCGGAUGGCAGCUACCGCAGAUCGGCGGGCAGAAACGAAGAUGGGUCGACGUGCAAGGGCAGUGAUCUGGUGGCCAGGGACCGGACCCAUCGGGUUUCCCGCCGCAGUGACUCGUCGGCGGGCAGAAGUGGCUCAUCCGGCCGCAUAUCCAGACCACCACCGCCCGCUGUUGCUGUGGAAAGCAACUCCGCCAUCGGGAACAAUGACUCCUCCAUGGAUCUGGAUGACGAAGAGUUUCUCAUCGCGAACAAUCCUCGCCUGAAUUGGCUGCGACAAAAUGUGGCAGCCAGGGAGAGACUGCGCCUAACCAUCACGGAGUCGGGAUCCAACCGGAACUACGUUCAUCCGCCGGCGGAUGUGCCAGCCACUCUGGGCGCCACCGCCCAGCAGGUCGUAGCUCCGAGCUCCAAUGCUGCUGCUCCCAUCACACAUCCCUCGCUGACCGAGAUGAUGCGCUUCUACGGCGGCAGUCUGCAGGUGCCGCAGGAACCGGUAACCUCCUCCGGUCGAGCCAUCCGCACCUGGCCUUUCAGUUCCGGCUCACAGCCGGCCACCGGCAGCAGCACCCGGACCAUCAAUGUCUAUGGCCCGACCUCCACUUACACGCAGGCGCCGCACAAUGCCAGAUCCUUUUUCCUGGCCCCGGAAAUGUAUUCCCGCGACGAGCGUCGCCGAGCGGCCAGGAUGCCCAGCUUCCAGGGGAGUGGAGGAGGAGCUCAGCAGCGCCUGGGACCCAGCUCCCGGGCCUUGGCCGCUCGCAAUGUGGAUUUCAGCGAUCUGCCGACGGAGGAAGGUGAUUUGGCCAGCAUCAACGCUUCGUCGGUGGACAACCUGUUGCGGUGCCUGAACGAGGAGACGCCGGUGGUGGUGAAGAAGAGGGAGCAGGAGCGCAAGCGCUACCUUUGCCAUCGCUUCCUGGCGCCCAAGAGCUCAUCUCGACCGAAGAAGACCUUCCUGGUGCUGCGUGCCGAGUUCGUGGCCCAACUGCUCUCCUCCGCCCUCUGUGAGGAGGACUUCCAGGGCAUAUCCUUCGCCCCCAUGGUGAACUUCAAUCCCACUCCAAAACUGAAGAAGGUUUCGAGCAGCAACAUCGCCGGUGCCGGAGAUGCUGAGAAGAUCCCGCCUCCAUGAUUUGUGAGAUCAGUUUUGUGUACUAUUUGUAGCAGUGCAGUUUCUUAUAUCAUUUUAUAUUGGUUAAAUUUUCGGUUGACAUCAAGACAAUACCUGGUACUUUUGGCUUUAAAUACCAGUAAAUUAAUGGCAGAUUGGAAAUAAUUUGUAAGAUGCCCCCAAUCUGUGUAUAUAUUUUUGUAGCAGCUCAUGGUUUUCUUGGUGCACUUUUCUCUUCAGUGCUGAAGUUUUCUUCGCCUAAAUAAAAAAAACCUCUGAUUUAGGA